AUGAUUUUGUGCUUAAUUCUUUCGAUCCCCGUGUUAUGGCUGGUCGGGAUAUUUCUUGGAGAUUGUGACUUCUCGUUGAGAUUCUGGGAAAGGUUCGGUUCCUCACCUAAAGCCAAACUCUAUGGUCGAGUGUGCUGGAUAACUGGAGCCUCUAGUGGUAUCGGCGAAAACCUCGCUUACGAACUUACAAAAUUCGGAUGCAAACUUGUGCUGUCUGCUCGAAGAAGAUCAGAACUUGAGAGAGUCAAAGAGCAAUGCAUUGCUAUUGCAAAAGAAGCAAACACCUCCUAUAAUGCUGAUCAAGAUAUCCUAGUUCUACCCAUGGAUGUCACAGAGUAUGACAAACAUACAGAGCUGGUCCGUAGUGUCCUGGACCACUUCAACAAGAUUGAUAUUCUGAUCAACAACAGUGGACGUUCCCAGAGAGGCCUUGCUGUAGAAACCCCUGGGAUUGAGGUGGAGAAGGCAAUGUUAGAUUUAAACUUCCUGGCAGUGGUAUCACUGACAAAGGCUGUCCUUCCACACAUGAUUGAGAGAAAGAAUGGGCACAUUGUUGUCACCAGUAGCGUAGCUGGAAAAAUUGGAGCCCCCAUGUCGACAUCAUAUAAUGCAACAAAGUUUGCAGUACAGGGAUACUUUGAUGGCCUUCGUGUUGAACUCUUCCCCAAGAAUAUUCAUGUGACCCUGGUCUGCCCUGGCCCGGUUAGGACAGCAAUCAGGGAUAACGCAUUCACUGAGCAAGUUGAUGUGUCAGUAAAGGAUAAAGGCGUGGUUGCUCCCCCUGCUACUAAAGACAACCGGAUGGAGACAUCAAGGUGUGCCCAGCUGAUUGUUACUGGGGUCACUAAUAAGUUGGAUGAGCUGUGGAUUUCACCCAACCCGAUCCUGUUCUUUCUUUAUGCCCAGCAAUACCUUCCAAAUAUUUUUGCUUGGGUGAUGAAGCGACUUGGGGUGAAGCAAGUGAUGAAGAUGAGGGAGAGAGCUACGGGAAAUAAAGAUAAAUCCAGUUGAUGAAACCCACCUUUGUUCACCAUUGCUCAACAUAUUUCGCAUAAGAAGGAAAAAAGACAUUUACAGUAGAUUUGGUUUUGAUUUGAGUAUACUAACAGAAAAAAAUCAAAAGGCACGGUCAUUGCUAAGGUGUAUAUUUAGCUUUCUGCACCCAAAGGAAAUAUGAUGAAAUAAAAGAAUCUUUUUGCACUUAUGAUGAAAUAAAGGAAUCUUUUUGCACUUA